AUGUUAUUCUUCAGCUUCUUCAAGACCCUCAUCGACCAGUCCGUCACCGUCGAGCUCAAGAACGACAUCAAGGUGACGGGCACGCUGAAAUCCGUCGACCAGUACCUCAACAUCAAGCUCGACGACAUCUCGGUCCACGAGGAGCUGCGGUACCCCCACCUCAGCGCCGUCAAGAACGUCUUCAUCCGCGGCUCCGUCGUCCGCUACGUGCCCGCCAGCGCCGUCGACGUCACCCUGCUGGAGGACGCCGCGAGGAGAGAGGCUUCGAACCAGGCUGCCAAGGCGAAGUGA